CAUGCGCAUAGGAUUAGAUGUUUUCCAUUUUGUAAAUAUAUCAAGUUCGGGAAUCAGUUUAAAAGAACAAAUAACUAUAGUAACACAAGAUAUAAUGCUGUUUUCUUGACUGUCCGAAAUAUCACACCCGUCCGAAAUGUCAACACUCUCCCCUAUCAUUGAAAUUUGACUUCAUCUUCUGGUUAUCAUGGUUAUAGUACUAAAUUGCACUCUUACAUAUUUCGUAUCCCUGUUGAAAGAUUGUCAUGGAUGAUGUAAUUAGCGGGAAUAUCCACAAGAUCACUACUUUAUUUGUGUCCUUCACUCCUGUACAAGAGUGUGCAAAGUUAUGAGAUUUGUGAGCUGCUGAAGACUUUGGACCACUUCUUGCAUUUGUUAUAAACUGAUAAUUUUUUUUUUUUUUUUUUACAUUUGACAGAGUUUGUAGUGUAAUUGUGAAGAUGGCUAUGCAUACACAAACAUACAUAUAAAUGGAAUAUAUGGGAUACACCUGCUAUUCCAUAUCUGUUUCUGUCAUAGAACAUAUGUAAACAUGGUAAAUACUGAAGGAUGGUGGCAAGCAACUAAGAAUUAAACAGGAAAUGAAAAUACAGAGAUUUGAGAUUCAUGUGGACGGUCAGACAAGUAGGAAUAUAGUAAUUACUUCAGGCACAGAUUUGAGGGGAACCGUGCAUGUAAAUGUGUCUCAGUCGCUCAAAGUGCAGAGUAUAAGUCUAGAUGUGUCAGGAAAAGGAAAGUGUAAGUUUGAUCGUAGGUCCGACAAUGACAAGCGGGAGUUCACUGCUAAAGAAACUUACGUCAACUACAGACUCUAUCUUUUUGGAGGUUCUCAAACCCAGGCUCAAACACUAGAGGCGGGAGAUCAUGUAUACCCAUUUGUUAUCCCCCUAACUACUGCAGGAGAACUCCCAUCAUCGUUUGAGGGUAGGAAAGGCUAUGUGCGUUACACCCUUCUGGGUCAGAUAGCUCGACCGUGGAAGGCAGAUGAGACCAUUGUUCUACCAUUUACUGUCAUCAAUCACCUGGACCUGAAUGAAUUUCCUGAUGCGGUGAUGCCCAUCAUGCAGUACAGAAGACAGGAGAUUACAGGGUGCUGUUGCUCAGAAGGGGAGAUAAUUGCUCAAAUGAAAGUGAACAAGUCAGGCUUCGUCCCUGGGGAACCCAUUGUUGUGGAGAUGGACAUCAAUAACAAAAGCGAGACUCCUGUUCAGGCCUGGACUGUUGAACUUAUCCAGGAUGUGAACUAUACAGGAUUUUCAAACAGUUUGUUUUCCUCUGGGAAUCCAAAGUUUAAAACCAAGAGUGAAACGUACCCUCUGUACGUGAAUCAAUCACUGGCUGUAGACAAGGGGCAGCACCAGAUCUUCACCAGAGCAAUGCCUGUCCCUUCCCUUCCUCCCUCCUACUUAAAAGGGUGCAACAUUAUCGACAUCCAGUAUACACUCUCUUUUAAGAUAUCGACUGGCUGGAACACUAUUGCCCUGGACAAUAGGGUAAUUAUAGGGAGUAUCCCUGUCAGGAAUGUGACCGCUCAGAUGACCCAAGCCAUACCCACUGCCCCCGAGAUCCAGGAUUAUCUCCCACCUACAGGCAACCAAGACUUCAUGCACAAUAAUCUCUAUCCAGAUGCCCCUCCAUCCUAUUCAGAGUGUGUGUCUGGUCCAGUGACACAAGAAGGAGGAGAGGAUGAGGAUGACAAUUCUGCCCCUCUUGCUGGCUGGACCCCUGCCUACCCAGUUUAUGACUACACAGCUCAGACCAAUCAAGUGAAUGCAUCAAUGCCUCCUACUGCUCCACCAGCCUACGACGAGAUACAGUUCUCCAACAUCAGAUAACACAGCAUUCUAUUUACAUUUGAUUUUAAAUGUUGUAUGACUGCUUAGACUUCUUUUAAUUUGAAAUUAAAGCAACAUGACUGCCUGUGUUCACAAAGUCAAGUUGAUAAUUCAGUCCAAAGUUAAAACCAUAUUUACGUUUUUGCUUGAUUACACCUGCUUGUGAUGUGUAGUACGUGAAGAAAACACAAGGUAAAGCAAUGAAAUAGUCUUGGUUUACCACACCAAAAGUAAAACAAAGUUUAAUGAAUAUUCAAAUAUUCAUGGUGGAAAAAAACUCACUGAACACAUGCAGUUGUAUAGUCAGCCACUCUAUAGAUAUUAUACAAGUUGAGUCUGUCAGAGUUUGUAGCAUGUGACUGUGUACCUGCUUGUUGACGUAAUGGACAACACUUAGUAGUUGACGUAAUGGACAACACUUAGUGGUGCUUAAUUAGGUUUCAGAUGGUCUGCAAAUGCUUAAGCAGGACAUGAGAUCAUAUGAUUUCUCAUAGAGGAGUGAAUGUGAUCACAUGGUCCUGAAAGUGUUCUUUUCUGAGCAUUGAUUGUGAAGGAUUUUUUGAUAAACCAAGGAAAUGAAAACUGUUCAUCAUGUCGCUUUAAGGUUGAUUAUCAUAAGACAGAGACAAACAUACAAGAGGAAGUCUGACAGAUUGUUGAUUUAUUGUGUACUAGUCUAUGUAUUUUUUAAAUGUCAUUGGUUGAUUUCAUUUAUACAACGAUGGCUGAUUUUAGAGGUGUUUUUUUUUCUCUCCACAGAAUUUUACAUACAUGUAAAAUGCUUCUGCUUAUUUGAAGUUUUAUAUUAUGUUUUGUUGGCCAUGGUUAUUCAUGAUAUAUUUAAUGAACUGCUGGUUUUAUCAUUUUGUAAAAUUCAUUGUGUGAGACAUUAAAUGGUUUUGGGUUUUUACAUUUUUAUAACUCAUCGAAAGAUUCAAGAUUGAUCCCAUUAUUUGCAUUAAAGGUAAAACUAUACAUCUCACCUUAACAUUGAGUUAAUAUGCAUAUACAAGGCUGUUCCAAAAUAUAUGUAGACAUUCAAUGUCAUUCUAUUUUACCUCCAUAAUCGGAGAUUCAGGGGCAAAUAAUUUUUGGUCUAUACAUGUAUCUGUUUGUCUAUAAAAACUUUAACCUUGGCCAUAACUUUUGAAUGGGUGGUGAUAGGGCUUUCAUAUAAAUUUCACAUGUGUUUUUCUUGUGACAAUACCUUUCUUUUCGGACCAAAAUAUUUGACCUCGGCCAUUAGUAUUUCACAUACACUUCUUGUUUUCCCCUUUUUUUUGGCAUCUGCGUCUGGUUAUUACCUAUUUUGGCAGGUGCACUUCCCAAAAUAAAUGAAACGGAGGACAAGGCUUUUUUUAAUAAAUGCAGAAAUGACCGAUAUGGAGCAUGACCACAUUUUUGUAUUAGUCUUAAUCACCACACAGUAUUCUAUCAUGACACCAUUAUCUGAGCAGGAAAAUAUUACAAUUUUGUGUUUGUUUAUACCGUAUAUACCAAAUUUUGACGUAAAAUUUGAAUUGGUUACAAAGAUGUCAUUCCUAAUUUCUUUAGAAUAUCUUUGAAAACGACUUGCUUAGUGAAGAUUAAUGACAAUAUUUCGUGUUUCACUUGGGGAAACACUAUAUGAAUCUAAAAUGAUGCUAAAUGAAAUAUAUAUAGGUUUGAAACUGCUUUUACCGUCUAUUAGUCGCAUUUACACAAUAGACGGGUUAGAUUACGUAACAAGAUCAAAAGUGGCCAAAUUCAAUCCGAGAUGUUUAUGGGUGGAUUCAGCAAAAUGGUCUGUACAGUACUAUGUCAGAUGUAGAGGGGAUUCCUUACGUUUUGAAUAGGUGUGAAACAUCGUUUGUCCAAAGACAUCGAUGACAUUCGUUUAAAGCAGGCCGAGAUCUGUUGUGCCCAUAGUCUUAUUGAAUAGGAAGCAACAAAACAAUGUUUGUUCCAUUUUAAUUCGUUUUGGGUAUGUAAAGUGGGAGCUGCAUUUUGAUGCUUUUGACUUAUAGCAUGUAUGUAUUUCUCAAUUGGCCUCCUUGCCCCAUAUUUAUAUGACAUAUAUUGUUUGACAGUUUUUAAGCAUCAAAGUCAGCUUUUUGAUUUAUUUAAUUAUCUAUUUUGUAGACAGUUAUUCAUUACAAGAUGUAAAGAAGAGAGUGUUAAUGAAUCUAAUGAAAUAUAUUUCAACAUCAAAGAACUCGUUUAUUCACGUUUAUGUUUUAGGAGGACUAAAAAUGUCACUUGCUUUGUAGAGAUAUCAUAUGGUGCUAUUUUUGAUUUAGUGUUAUUUUCUUCUGAAAUUCAUUGUGUCGAUAUUCAGAUUUUCAUUGUUGCAGAGCUUCAAUACUUACAUAUGUAUUACUAGCAGAAUAAUUUAUGCUGACAACUUAAUGUUUUCUUUAUUUAUCAUUACUAAAUACAUAUCUAUGUCAUUUUUUAUGUGUAGAAAAAUCAUACACCAAAAAUAACCCCUCUUUAACUUUUGUUUAUAGAGGUAUGCAUCACUGUAUCUUGUUUUGCCAGAAUGGUUUCAUUAUAAUAUAUCUUAUAUGUAUACUGUUAUGUUUUUGAUUUAUUACGACAGGUGAAAGUGAUUUACAUGUAGUAAGAUGGUGCAAUUUUAUGUAUACAAUGCACUUGUUAUAACAAACGAUCAUGAUUAUCAAUGUGUUUGUUCUAGAUGUGUUGUCUAAAUUUAUUUCUCAAUGACAAGGAACAAAUAAAUAAUCAAUAAACAGA